CUGAUUGGCUGGAGGACCUGUCAAUCUGCACUGGCCUUCUUGCCAAAACCAGCAUGCUCGGUUGCGUUAUGAAGUUUCUAAACUGACACUUGGGGAUAUUUUUGUCAGCACCAUGUAGCUGGUUUUAUUUAUAAAGUUGCAGUGAUGAGGCGAGGAGAUCCUCUCCCUCGAGCCUUUCAGGCUCCAGUGGAUGUACAUGCCAGCCUGGAUGGCCAAGUGUACAUGUUCAGACACAGACAAGAAGAACCAGAACUGUCAUCUGAGGAUGAGGAACUCAAUGUCAUGGAGCUCCGGCCGAGAAGCAGAGACUCAUCCUCACAGAAGAGAGAAAGAGUGGGAGAAAUGCUCUUGUUGGAACGGGACAUCUCACAUGAAGACAAUCUCAACAAACUGGCCCUUCAAUACGGUUGCAAGGUGGCUGACAUAAAAAGGGUGAACAACCUUUUUCAAGAGCAGGACAUAUAUGCACUGAAGUCCAUCAAAAUCCCUGUAAAGAAGCAUUGCUUGCUAACCGAGGCCAACUCUGAGCUCAGGGACCCCCAGCAAAGACCAUCCAAUGAUGUAGCAUCAUCAGUCAGCGCUGAAGCAAACGUCUCAGGAAGACCUCAGGUGCAGGAGUACAGCAAUUACCUAAAAGAGGUGGACAGUGACAUUGAGCGUCUGAUCCAAAGCACAGACCCCUCAGAAGAGGUCUUUUCCAGCGGUUCCAGGGUGUCCAAACAGUGGGGGUGGAGAAGCCAGCGUUUGCGCAGCUACGGUGCAGACUGGGGGAUCCAGUGGUGGAACGCUGUAAUUGCCAUGUUGCUUAUUGGCAUCGUCCUGCCAAUAUUCUAUGUAGUAUAUUUUAAAACUCAAGAUAAUGGUAAACCAGUAGUGGACAAUAGAGUGAACAACAUAACUGUGCCUACCUCAAACAGUACGGGGUGAGCGUCAGCUCAUUGGACCUCGGGAAUAUAAUAAAAAAAUCACCUUAAAGAAAGUAAGUAUAGCUUGAAAGUUUGAAAUUUGGUAUGAUAUUUUAAUAAACUUAGUAUUACAAGUUCACAUUAUUAUGGUACAUUAAUUUAAGUGGAUAGAUCAUCCAAGAUAAAAAAAAAGGGUAACAUUUGGGUUCAAAAAACUUGACACAAAUGUCACACUCAACCCCAAUUUGUUUUGCAUGAAAAGGAUCACAUUUUUCAAAAUUGUGAAAAAGAAAAGUAACAUGAAUAUGGAGAGACGUGCGGGUGGGUAGAUGAUAACACAAGUUUUUCUAUGUGGAGAAAAAAAAUAAAAAUAAACAAUAGAAAAAAAAAAUUUCGAUGUGGAAAGGCACUACAGUUCUAGCAGUACCAAAUAAUUGACUUGUAUUAAAUAACUGUUUGUUCAGUCAUUAAAAGUGCAAUAAAGACAUUUCACAGGAAGGGCUAAACUCGUGCAGAUGGUCAUAUUUUGACUUUUGGAUUGUGAUUUUAAAACAUAUCUUUUGAGUCGUAGUACAGUUUUUUCUUACAUGUGUGUAUUGCACUGGGAUGGCCAAAGGAUAAAUACAUUAAAACUAAUUUUCAAAUAAAAAAAAAA